AUGGGCUCGGGGAGGACGCUGAAGUUCGCCCUGUGCGAGGUGCUGCAGUUUGCAGGCCUGUGUGUGCCCCUCUUCAUCGUCAUGCAGAGGUUUGCCGUCAUCGUAGCAAAGGUGAAAACCUCAGCGCAGCCUCCUGGCGACGGCGGCACAGCCUACUGGUUGAUCGUGGCCUCCUCCGUUGCCUAUGUCACCUCAACUGCCCUGCUGGUCUGGGUACCCCUGAAGUACAUGGUCUUCAUGAAAAAGAAGUUUCUCAUUGGGAGAAAGAAGUGGAGGCCUGUGGCCCUCGUAUAUGUGAUCCUGUCCACAUUACCCUGCUUUGCCUUUCUCAUCGCCAGCUCUGAGGUUCAGAUAAAUAACAACAUGAAAGAUGAUACGUUCACGGAGCUCCCUGUAUCACUAGUCCUCUUCUCUCUCAUCUGUAUUGACGUUGUGGAGAGGAUACGCCACUGCAGACUGACUGGCCAGGCUAAUGACAUGGAGAGAGAUGCUGACAUCCCCUCCACUGUCCUCACACAUGUGGAACAGGUAACUCCAGUAGCACCUGUCACUCCAGCUGUGCCAGGGCCAGCUGCGCCCGGGCAAGGUGCUCCCACUCCUGCGCAACCAGGGGCAAGCCAGCCCAAUGACAGGAACCAGAAUGGAGCAGGGGGGGCUCGACCAGAGACCAACGGGACUGUCCCCGGGAUACCAGGUAAUCCUGGGAGACCAUUUAGUAUCUCUGGGUUGAGCUCUCGAUCAGUGAGCACCACAGCGUACCACAUAUCUCCAUACGCCUACACGGGUCCGCUGAGAUUCCUGUGUGCUAGCGACGCCCGAGCAGACGUGUUUGUGGACAGCUUUAUGUUCUGGAUGGAUACGGUGGAGAUGGUGCGGGUGGCAGGACAUCCCCUGGUCUACUACUCAGGCUGGGUGUUCCCCAUCUAUAUCUUCAGCUACCUGUCCUGCCUGCGUGUGGUGGUCAUGCCCCACAGCCCCCUGCUUUCCUCACUUGGAGUAGUUCUGCAGGACUUGCCCUUUUUCUUUGUGCGCGUUGGCCUCAUUGCCUUCUUUGGCUUCGUCACACCCCUCCUCUAUCUGAUGAAGAACCUGUUGGUGUGCCUGGCCUUCGUCUAUUUCAACUUCAUGACCAAGCUGAGGGUCUUCAACACAGAGAGGAUGUUCUUUUAA